AUGGGUACCAGGAGGAGCCAUUGCAAUUUAAGUUUGCUGUUGCUAUUGUUUUCAGUUCUGGUUUCCAAAGGUUCAUCUUAUCACGGGGCGGUGAAAGUACAAAAUGACAUCCAAGGAAAUCAGGUUUCGUUGGAUAUGCACUGCAGGUCUAAUGAUGAUGAUCUAGGUCAACGUACACUUCAUCAAGGUCAGGAAUGGCAUUGGAAUUUUGGUGUAGCUGCUGGUUUUACAUAUUUUUGGUGUGAUUUUCGUUGGUACGAUAAUCAGGAUAAGCGUUGGUAUCAUGGUACUUUUGAUGUUUACCAUGCAAAUGGAUUAGUAGACAGCUACAUAUCUUAUUGUGGUGGUUCUUGUCAAUGGUCUGCUCGUCGAGAUGGGUUUUAUUUGUUUCGUAAUGAUAGGCCAUAUUUGAAGGAUGCGUGGGAAAAAAGAGACGAAUGGCAAGUUGGUAGUUGGAAAGUGUGA